AAGUACUUUUAUUUAAUUUAUAUGGUGUAAUAACCUGUGAAAAACAUAAGAAUAUCUGUGCUGUACUAGAUGUCAGUGAUGGAAACUUUUCUACGGUGUUCACAGGGUCUCGCUCUUUCUUCGCUAUUCGCAGCCCAUACGGUGUAGCGAACAGCAGGUUUCAUGCAAUGUUCCGCGUUUCUGCUAAAGCAUCUUUAAUAACCCCGGUUCGGAAGAGCGCCCCCAGCCGAGCCCCGGCUCCGAGACCCGGCCAACGGACAGUUCAACACCCGGAGAAGAGUCCGCUGAGCCAGCCUCUCCCCACCGGCUCGUCACUCCUCCGCCGAGAAAAACAACCACAAUUCAGCAAGCAAAAUCUCAACCAGAUCAAUGGCAUUCUGACUAUGAGCAAGCGUGCACAGUUAUUGGAACGGCUGCAUUUUAUCCACCUAAAAUGCACACCUCGAGAUAUGCCCUGUGUGCAGGCCCAGUAUGGCCCCUCCCCACCUGGCUCCAGCUAUGCCACACAGACCUAUGCCUACCCCGGGGACUACAGCUCUGACGUCAUGAACCCGGACUACACCAAGCUGGGCAUGGAUCUGGGAGGCACCGAAAUCUCAGCUGCUGCCGCCACCACCUCCCUGCCGAGCUUCAGCACCUUCAUGGACAACUACCCGAGCUACGAGCUCAAGCCCUCCUGCCUGUACCAAAUGCACUCCACCCAAAGACCGGUCAUUAAAGAAGAGGAGGCUCCCUACCCUCCCCCGCCGCCCUUGCCCCUUCCACAGUCAGAGGACGCCAUUCCCAGCACCUCCAUGUACUUCAAGCAGUCGCCCCCCUCCACCCCCACCACGCCAGGAUUCCCGGUCCAGCCGGGGGCCUCCUCCAUCUGGGACGACCCCCACAGCCUGCCCCCGGUGCCCCAGACCUGCAUGGGCUCCAGCAGCCUGAUGGAUUCCGGCCCCCUGAAAUCCAGCCCUCGCUUCCCCCUCUUCUUCAAGCAGUCCCCGCCCCACGGCGGCGGCGCCGGGGACCGCAUGUGCUACGAGCCGGGCCUGGGCCUGCCCCUGCGGCCCGAGAGGUCGCCCUCGUCCUCCGCCCCCUCCUCCGCCUCGGCGCAUCCGCAGCAGCCGGGCCUGGAGGCCCACCUGUACCCGCUCCACCUGAGCAAGCCCAGCAGCCUGCACUUCUCGCCCCUGGCCAUGGGCCAGGGCCCCCCGCUGCUGGGGGAGGGCAGCUUGCCCUCCCCGCCGGGCCGCACCGUCCCCUCCUCGGGGGAGGGCACCUGCGCCGUCUGCGGAGACAACGCCGCCUGCCAGCACUAUGGCGUCCGGACCUGCGAGGGAUGCAAAGGAUUCUUCAAGAGGACGGUGCAGAAAAAUGCCAAAUACGUCUGUUUAGCCAGCAAAAACUGCCCAGUGGACAAGAGGAGACGCAACCGGUGCCAGUACUGCCGUUUUCAGAAGUGUCUGAGUGUGGGAAUGGUGAAGGAAGUGGUCCGGACCGACAACCUGAAAGGGAGAAGAGGUCGCCUGCCCUCCAAACCAAAGAGCCCGCUGCAGUCUGAGCCCUCGCCGCCCUCCCCUCCACUCAGCCUCCUCCAUGCCUUAGUGCGAGCACUCACAGAGUCCACACCCAGAGAGCUUGACUACAGCCAGUUCAGUGCCACUGACCAGCCCACGGCCUCCACCGAUGCCCAGAAUAUCCAGCAGUUCUACCGCCUGCUCACCAGCUCUAUGGAGGUCACGCGCAGCUGGGCCGACCGCCUGCCGGGCUUCUCCGAGCUGCCGCGGGACGACCAGAACCUGCUCAUCGACUCCGCCUUCCUGGAGCUCUUCGUGCUGCGGCUCGCCAACAGGUCAAACCUCUCAGAAGACAAGUUUAUUUUCUGCAAUGGGCUGGUGCUGCACCGAUUCCAGUGCCUUCGUGGGUUUGGGGAGUGGCUGGACUCCAUCAAAGCCUUUUCUUCAGACCUGCAGAGCCUUAACCUGGACAUCUCUGCCUUUGCCUGUCUGGCAGCACUAGUCUUGUUAAGAGAGCAGUGCCACGGGUUAAAGGAACCAAAGAAAGUGGAGGAGAUGCAGAACAAGAUCAUCUGCUGCCUGAGAGACCACCUCAGUUUUGGGGCGGGGGGUGGCACCGGGGGCACAGGGGUGAGCAAAGGGCCAGCGUUGCUGACCAGGGUGCUGAACACAAGGGCAGAGCUGAGGUCCCAGCGCACCCAGGGGCUCCAGCGCAUUUUCUACCUGAAGCUGGAGGACCUUGUGCCCCCACCCCCCGUCAUCGACAAGUUCCUAGACACCCUGCCCUACUGAGGGGGCCGCCCUACACCCCAGCCCCUAGCCCGUCACCUGGCAGUACAACUAACCGGAGGCGGCCGGCCAGCGUCGAGAGCCCCCAGCGGCCUGCGCAGGCCCACAGACGCUACUAACGAGGAACCGGAGGAAAGAAGGAAGGAGUGCCCAGGACUCUCUUGAUCUCCAUUGCUGAGAAACUCACUGUUCCUGGACUGUUUCAGUUUUUCUUGCAGAACUUUGGGUUAAAAAAACAAAACAAACAAAGGCAAAAAAAAUGACCUGCUUUG